CCAUCUAGAGUGACAAAAAAAAAUGUGCUGAAGAGUCUAGCCUAGGGAGAUGAGGCUAUUUUUGUUCAAGCAGAAGCUGAUACUUCUGCUGAGCCACAAGUGCGCUUGGAAAGGGCUCAGGUUGUUUCCAGGGGGAGAACUCUGCAGAGAAGAGACAAAGUUCAACAGGACAACAAAGGAGCAGCAGAAACAGCCAGCAAAAAGAAGACGCAGAGCCCUCACGUUUUCACACAGAACCCCCAGAGUUCUCCAAUCCUCAAGUAUUCUUUAAAUUGCCACUUGACGGGACCUUUUCACUUGCCUUUUCCUUACUCCAACCAUCAUGACUGAGAUCACAGCUGAAGGAAAUGCAUCUACUACCACAACUGUGAUAGACAACAAAAAUGGAUCUGUGCCCAAAUCUCCUGGGAAAGUACUGAAGAGGACAGUCACAGAGGACAUAGUCACGACAUUCAGCUCUCCGGCAGCCUGGCUCCUGGUCAUAGCUCUCAUCAUCACAUGGUCAGCUGUCGCUGUCGUUAUGUUUGACUUGGUGGACUACAAAAACUUUUCAGCAAGCUCUAUUUCCAAAAUUGGCUCAGAUCCUCUAAAAUUUGUACAUGGUGCUGUGGAGGAAACGACCGACUGGAUCUAUGGCUUCUUUUCUUUGCUGUCAGACAUUAUCUCAUCUGAGGGUGAUGAAGAAGAUGAUGAUGGGGAUGAAGACACUGAUAAAGGAGAAAUAGAGGAGCCUCCCUUGAAAAAAAAAGAAAUGCACAAAGAGAAAGCUGAUAAGCAGGAGAAACAUGAAAAGAAAAUACAGACUAAAGUCACACAAAGAGAAAAAGAAAAAGACAGAGACAAAAUAAAAGAGAAACCUGACAAGAAAGCUACUCACAAGGAUAAAAUUGAGAAAAAAGAAAAACUGGAAGCAAAGACAGUGACAAAAGAAGAAAAGAAAGUGAAGGCUAAGGAAAAAACUGAAGAAAAGAUUAAGAAGGAAAUGAAAGGUGGAAAACAAGAGAAAGUGAAGCAAACAACUGCAAAAGUGAAAGAAGCUCAGAAAACACCUAAAUCCAAAGAGAAGGAAGAGAAAGAGACUGCGACUAUGUCUAAGUUUGAACAGAAAGAUCAGUAUGCAUUCUGUCGAUAUAUGAUUGACAUGUUUGUCCAUGGGGAUUUAAAACCAGGACAAAGUCCAGCCAUCCCACCCCCAUUACCAAAAGAGAAAGCUUCAAAACCCACUACUCUUGAAGAAAAAGAAGGGGAAAAGAAGAAAGCUGAGAAGAAAGUGACUUCUGAAACAAAAAAGAAAGAAAAAGAAGAUGCCAAAAAGAAAACAGAAAAGGAAACAACGACCGCUGAAGUUAAAGAAAAAGAUCUUGGGAAAGUUGCUGAAACCAAACAAGGGACUAUAAAAGCUACACCAGCAGCAUCUAAGAAAGAUGAGAAGAAAGAAGAUUCCAAGAAAACAAAAACACCCUCAGAAGCAGAACAACCCAAGGGAAAAAAACAGGAAAAGAAAGAAAAACAGGUGGAACCAGCAAAAACACCUAAAAAGGAGCACUCAGUUCCAAGUGAAAAACAAGUCAAAGCAAAAACUGAACGAACUAAAGAAGAGACUGGUGCUGCUUCAACUAAAAAAGCUGUACCUGGAAAGAAGGAAGAGAAAAUAACCAAGACAGUGGAGCAAGACAUUAAAAAAGAAAAAUCUGAGAAGACAUCUUCAAUUCUGAAAGAUAAAGAGUCUGUUAAGGGGAAAGAAGUGAAGGCUCCAGCUUCCCUUAAAGAUAAAGAACCUGAAAUUAAAAAAGAUGAGAAGACAUCAAAAGCAGGCAAAGAAGUCAAGGCUAAACCUUCACAAUCACCAGUAAGAAAAGAAGAGAAGCCAGAGCCACUGAUUAAAAAAGAAGCAAAGUCAGAAAAACCUGAACAAGAAAAAAAGGAAUCCCCGCAUUUAAAAGAGAAAUCUAAACCAACCUCAAAGGAAACAUCAGAAGUCACAGCAUCAGGGAAGCAGAAAAUAGAAAAAUCUGAAGAAGAAAGCAAAGAAAAAACAGAAUUGAAGCAUCCCAAAGAAGACAAAGAAGAUAUUGAAGGUGCUCCAACUUCAAAGAAAGCUAGAGACCCCAUCAGUUUCUUCCAGUGUGUCUACUUGGAUGGAUACAACGGCUAUGGAUUUCAAUUUCCUGUCACUCCUGCGCAGAACCCUGGACAGAAAUCACCACAGCCCAGUUCUUUAGGACAAAAGCAACAAGAACAAUAAGCACAUGCACAGCCCUUACACAAUUUUUAAGACCAAAAAUGGGAUGAUUUUGUCCACAAUGUCACAAGCAAUUGAAAUAAUAGCCCAGGGAAUUUCUUUGAAAAUAUUUUACUCUGUUGCCUGGUAUAAAUAGAAAUGGUGGGCAAAGGGAUUGGAUGAUAAACAACAUGUUGAGGGUCUGGUGCUAAGGAAUAUGUUACUUGCAUUUUAUUUCUAGGUAUGAGUGCUUAUAUUUUUCUAUUUCCAAAUGAGAAAAGAAUUGUUCUCAAGUUUACUCAAUAAUGGUCUGUUAAGUGUAUUUAAGACAUUACAAAAUAAAAUUCCCAACUUUAGUUAGGUAUUUAUUGUUAAGUGAAAAUGCAUUGUGUUUUAAGUUUAAAGGUAUAGAUGUUUAUAUAAAAGCUACUGUUGUGAAUUAAGUUGAUAUCUAAACUCAAUUUUCUUAAUAAGUUGAUGCUUAUAAUUUAAGUCAAUGUAUACUUUUUCUAACUUGUGACAAUUCCCAAAGAAUUGGUAAUCAUGGCACAAGAGUUCCUUAUGACACUCCUAGAACUCCAAAUAUAAUCUCAACUUUAGCCAUAAAAUGGAGUAUAAUAUGGAGUAUAUAUGAGUAGACGUCAGCUAGCAUUUGUGAUGCUCCUAGAACUCCAAUGAUAAUCUUGACUUUAGCCAUAAGAUGGAGUAGAAACGUUUGAGGAAUCUUAUUUCUAAGAUUUAUCUCAAAUUAUAAUUCACUCCAAUGGAAAUAGACAAUACAAUUAAACAGAUUUGACAAAUAGUUUGCUUAAGUAUAAGCAAAUGAUAUUUUCAGACUUUUCAGAGUUUUCCAGACUGUGCCCUAAUGAAAAUGUCACCUGAAUGAAAUUUUUAGAUUAAUAACUAAAUUUAGGUGACAGAUCCAAGACUAUUUUUCACUUCGCAUCAAUAUAAUUACUUUGCGUAGCUUAAUAGUUCUUCUUCGUCAAAAAGGAAAUACAUGAAUGACACCACAGUUGAAGGAAGACAUUUUAACAUAUAUGCUUCAUGAGAUGUCUUACUUGUAUUUUAAGUAUUGGUUAUCAGUGCCAAUGAAAUGAAUGACAGCCUUUCACUUACUUGACAAUUCAUCACUUGGAAUGGCUUUCAAGUUUUAUAAUUAUUUAGUCUCCAAGUGAUAUAAACUCUUUUGUUCUUUACUACAUUUUUCUAUCAAGUCAAAAAUCUCUGCCACUGUGAUCUUUAUCAUGUUUACAGUUGCAACUCAACUUAUGACAAAUUAACUCAGAAAGUACACUGAACUAUUUUUUUUCUUGCAUUAUUCUUAUACUCAUCAAUGUCCAAGAUAACCAGUGUCCACACUAGCCAUGUACUUUAUUUUCAAGGACUUUAACUGAAUAUAAUCUUUAGGUCCAACAAACAUAACAUUGUUUUAUUUUUUUAGAAAAGUCAUUAGGCUAGGACACGAGUAACGUAUCCAUUAUUAAUAAUUAAUUUCUGUGGCUUUUGGGAAAGAAGUUGCUUUUAAACACAUGACGGUGCAUAUAACUCUUGAGCAAAAGCCAAAAAUACAAUGAACUUUGAUUAGUAACAAUACCAAUCAGUUGGUCUGGGAAUGUGUAACUUCAAGACUGGUCAGAC